AUGAACAGACAUGGAACUGUCAUGCUGCACAAUCAGAUGCUGGACUUUCAGGAAAGUUUCUUGUCUCUGAGGAACAAUGCCACCAGGAGCACGAUAACUUUUACUUUUUGGGAAAUGGUUGUGAAGAGGACAGAAAACUCUCAAACAAAUCAUUCCUCAGUCCUUCGGGCUCUGGGGCGCCCGGCGGCCUCCAGGGCCCCUCUGCUGAGGGACCCCGGCGCGCGCCGCUUCGGCUCGGGUGCCCGGACCGCCGGCGAGGACGCGGCCGGCGCGCGCGCCUUCUUCACCACGCCCAUCUUCUACGUGAACUGCUUUCUGCCCGACGCCAAGGUCACCCGGCAGCCGGGCCCAGCGGGGGAGUCGUGUCCCGUGUCCCUCGAGAGCGGGCACCCCGUCUCGUGGACCAAGGAGGAAAACUACAUUUUCAGGUUGUCCCAGUUCCGGGAGCCGCUGCGGCAGUGGCUGCGAGGUGACCCGCGGGCGAUCGUCCCCGAGCCGUUCCACCGCGCGGUCCUGCAGUGGCUAGAGGAGGAGCUGCCCGACCUCUCCGUCUCUCGCAGGAGCAGCCACUUGCCCUGGGGCAUCCCCGUCCCCGGGGACGAUUCGCAGACCGUCUACGUGUGGGUGGACGCGCUGAUCAACUACCUCACUGUCAUCGGCUACCCUAAUGUCGAGUUCAGGUCUUGGUGGCCGGCCGCUUCCCAUAUCAUAGGUAAGGAUAUUCUUAAAUUCCACGCCAUCUAUUGGCCCGCCCUUCUCCUCGGGGCCGGACUGAGCCCUCCACGUCGCAUCUACGUCCACUCCCACUGGACGGUGUGUGGCCAGAAAAUGUCCAAGAGCUUGGGCAACGUGGUGGAUCCCAUGGCUUGUCUGGAUCGCUACACGGUGGAUGGCUUCCGCUACUUUCUCCUUCGGCAGGGCGUGCCCACCUGGGACUGUGAUUACUACGACGAGAAGGUGGUUAAGCUGCUAGACUCCGAGCUGGCAGAUGCCCUCGGAGGCCUUCUGAAUCGAUGUACUGCCAGCAGAAUCAAUCCUGCGGGUACCUAUCCAGCCUUCUGCACUGCCUGCUUCCCCAGGGAGCCAGGGUCGCAGGGGCCGGCCGUUCGCGCCCAGCCGGAGGACUAUGCUCUUGUGAGCGCAGUGGCUGCCUUGCCCAAGCAAGUGGCUGACUACUAUGAUAAUUUUCAA